AUGGAUGAGCUGGGAAAGGCAGUUUCCCAAUUCUACCCAUCGGAGGGAAUGUUUAGUUCUGGUGGAUCAAGUAUGCCUCCGUCUGGGCCUUCGGACCCCACGUCGUGGGUCUUAACGAGUGCGGACCAGGGCGAGGGACCUUCUUCGGUCCAAAACCCAGGCGGGAACGGGGCAGGCGAUGGAGCGGGACCUUCGAACCAGCCUGCCUUUGUUCGAAAUCUGAGUUUAGAAAGCUCUAUCCGAAAUAGAGUUGCUUGUCUCGAAAGGGAUCACAGUCCCUUUCUAUUUGAAGAACAAAGGGGAAAGUAUUGGAAUCUUUUUGUGUCAAACACAGGGGAAGCAUCCUCUCAAGAGGAAUAUAACGUAAUCCUAGCGACGGAAAAUACAUACCUGGAAAUCUGUGAAAGGAGACAUGAGUGUUAUACUAUCUUUGAGGAAUUGCUUGCUGCACAUCCUUCCUUGGCUGAAAAGGCCUGCUACAGUCCUCAAGAAACCUUUAUAGACUUCUUUACGGAGAAGCGGGACGAGCUGGAAGGAGUAGUAGGAUUAAGCCUUAACCAAAGAGACAGGCUAGAAUUCGCAUUCUUGGGGCAUGUGAAGGAAGAUCUCCAAGAAAGGGGAGCAAACUCUAUCUAUAUCAAACUUCUUCUUGGAAGCGAAUAA